CAAUACGCGCUGCUCUUAUUCAAUCCUCUGAUAAACCCUAGCCUGGAGACGAAUCCCAUGAGACGAUUCGUGCAGAGAUUCCCCAGUUCAUUGGCUCGAAAUCUCAUCCACCACCCUCCCACGAUUCUCCGACAUCCUAAGAUCAACCCUCGCCUUAUUGUUCCUUCACUCAACCGAGUUACUUCCCGGUUCGUCUUCUUCUCUUCCGAGUCCAACCCGGCGCGUGGCUUGGGAAGCGACGAGGUUGUUUCUAAAGAAGAGCUGAAGAAGAGAAUACAAAGCUUCUUGGAAGAUGGAGACGAGGAUGCGUUGCCUGAUUUGUUCGAGGCGAUGAUGACUAGGAAGUUGUCUGGGAAGCACGAUGAAAGUGACGAUGAGGUGAUGGAGGAGGUGCGUAAGUACCCAAUUAAUGACCCCCAUCAGGUCGAUGACAAUGUCGAGAGUGAUCAACUGAGCGAUGGUGACUCGUCUGAUUCAGAUGAGGAGAGUGAUGACCUGAGCGAUGGUGAUUCGUCUGAUUCCGAUAUAGAGUUUGAUGGUCUGAAAGAUGUUGACUUGUCUGGUCGUGGCAUCAAGAUCGAUGGCCUGAAAGAUUGUGACUUGUCUGGGCUUGGUAUCAAGAUUGGUGGUCUAAAGCCUGAUCACUCGUCUUAUUCUGACUCUGAAAGUGAUUAACUUGACUUACAUUACAUCCUAGUAAUCGAAGAUUUUUGAGAGGAAGCAACUGCAUAGUGAAUGGAACCAGAACAUGUUUUGGUGCAAGUUGGCCUUAAUUUCUAACUUUAGAACCAUGUGUUUGUACUUCCUUAGUGGUAAUACCUUAUAUCGUACUCUACUCUAAUGAAUUUAUGUAUACUUUUGAACGUGCUUUUUUAUUUAAUUUUAACUGUCCAACAA